AUGGAUUAUCUUGUUCAGUUGAUCUGGAUAUUGUUAUGUAUUGUUCUAUCAUUGGUAACAGAAUGUCUUGCUGUUUCGACAGCGAGUGCUACUUGCGGAGCUUGUACAAUGGUUGUAACGGAAAUGGAAAUAAAGAUUAGUGAAUUAGAAGAAAAGAAGCGAGGAAAAAAUUAUUAUCGGCCGAGUGAAACAAAAAAUCAGGAUCUUACUGAUAAGAAACCAUUAUCGAGAUCCGAAUUUCAAUUCUCAGAAAUAUUAGAGACAAUUUGUGAUAAAAGUUCAGAAUGGACAGCUGUGAUACAUCCUAGAACCGGAAAAGGUGUUUAUGCGCGUCGUGCAACAUUGAAAUUGAAACAAGUACCCGAACAUCUAACCAUCUACCAGUUUGGAGAUGCGUGUAGUGAUUUUUUGGAUUCAUAUGAGGAUCAGUUAAUUAAAUUCGCACUCAAAAAGCGUGGGGAUCCAGUACGUCAAUUCUGCCAUGAAACAAUAAAGGUAUGUACAGCUGUUGACGUUACACCAAUGACUGAUGAAGAAUCAGGAAAGACGCAAAUUCUGAGUGAUAAAGAGAAGGAGAAGACAGUUGAAAAAAUGCUGGAUAAGAUAUCGUCAUAUGUUUACACGAAGGUCUAUCAAACGAGUAAUAAAAUGCCUUUGUUGCCAAUAUUGACAACAUGUCCUAUAAACGAUCUCAGUCAGUUAUGGAGUUGGGAUGAAAAUACCAUUCCACAUUGUUUGAUUGGUAAUUCAUUAGAAAAUUAUACGAGAUAUCGCGAUUAUCCGGAAACAUUACUUUGUCAUGAUAUGAAAGGAGGAUAUCUUGAUGAAGAAAGAUUAGAUGGUUGUAAAGUAACAGAUUCAACAGCUCCGUUUAUAUUUUUUCAUUGGUGGUACAUCGAUAUUUUCGUAUAUUUCUCUCAUAAUUUCAUUACCAUUCCACCUUUAGGUUGGAUUAAUCAAGCUCAUAUGCACGGUGUUAUAGUACUUGGAACACUAAUCACCGAAUGGCAUGGAGGAGCUGAUCUUUGUAAAGAAUUCCUUAAAAAUGAAGAAAGUGUGACAAAAACGGUGCAAAAAUUGGUGAAUAUUGCUGUGAAAUACAAUUUUGAAGGCUGGUUAAUUAAUAUCGAGAACAAAAUAGAAAUAGAAGCCAUUAUGUAUCUUGAUCUUUUCUUGAAAACGCUUACGAUUGAAAUGAGACAAGCAAUUGGUGAGCGAAGUCGUGUAAUAUGGUAUGAUUCAGUUACGAUAGAUGGUGAACUGAAAUGGCAAAAUGAACUGAACGAGAAAAACCAGAGAUGGUUCGAUAUUACGGAUGGUAUUUUUUUAAAUUAUAUAUGGGAUAUAAAGCAGCUAUCGAUAAGUGCUGUACGAGCCAAACAUCGUCAUCGGAAUAUUUUUGUUGGAAUUGAUUGCUUUGGUCGAGGAUGUCACGGUGAUGGUGGUUGGAAUUGUUAUGAAGCAUUCAUGUAUCCCCGCCAAAAAAAUCUUUCAGUCGCUUUGUUUGCUCCCGGAUGGAUUGCUGAAAAAAUGCCUGGUCGAGAAAUCAUCCUUAAUUCUUUGCGGUUUUGGGAUCGUUUGAUUACAUUUGUUCGACCACAUCCAUUGACAACAUUACCAAUUGACACCGAUUUUAGUUUUGGUUAUAAAUACAAGGAUGCUUGCAAGUAUUACAAUUUGGCAGAAGCAAAAAUGCAGCCUUUUUAUCUUGCAAGCGGUGCAUUUCCGGAUCCUUCUGGUAUGCAUAUUGUUCUUCAGGGGCCAACUUCGUACAGACUAUUGUCGUGA